AUGGAUGACCCUGUGAGGGAGUCAAUCAAGGAGGUGGAUGCAGACACCUGGCUCAUCGGACCCUUGACACUUCAUCGUUCAAAAGGCUACCAUUCUACCUCGACCUGGUACGAUCAAGACGACGAUCUCAGUUAUACCCUCACCAGCGCACCUAUUCCCUUGCCUCCAUCCGUACCAUUGCCAGCGGAGCAUUCGAAUAUCCGAUUGGUGUAUGAUGCUGGGGACAGCUCUGCAGUCUGGUCUGUAGGAAAAAGCGCUUUUUGCAAGGUCAAACUAAGCGUGCCUGGUACAACACCAGAGGCUGCCACAUUGAAGUAUGUCCAUGGACAGCGGCCUUAUUUUGAGAUCCCCAAGGUCUUGCAUGAAACAGAGCACAAUGGCCGGUCUUAUUUGUUUCUGAGCAGAGUUCGAGGCCGAACCCUUGCAAACGCUUGGCCCACUCUAAAUAAAGAAUGGAGGGACCACUACAUGGAUGCCGUAGUGAGCGUCUGCAAAUUCCUCGGGAGCCUGGAGAGUGACAUGCUGAGUGGCGUGGACGGGAAGAAUGUACUUGAACCGUUCCUAAUCAAAUACGGAGCGAAGGAAGAUUACUCUUCCCACAACCUCCUUCAAGGGUGUGAAUCUAUGAAUAUGGACUGUUCAAAAUUUGUAUUCUACCAUGCUGAUCUCGGCCCUGGAAACAUCAUGGUGGAAGAAACACCGGAGACUGGCGUCGUCGGUAUCAUUGAUUGGGAAGUUGCUGGCUUUUUCCCAAAAGGAUGGAUUCGAACCAAGUUUCGAAUCAGCAGUGGACUGGAUCUUCCAGAUUCAGUUACAGACAACCCGACGGAGUGGAGGUCGGGUGUUCAAAACCUGCUUGGUGUGCAUGGGUUUGAAGACUAUUCGACGGAAUUUGUGACUUGGUGGUUUCAGAAACCCGAAUGA